GGACCCACGGACCGCCUGGCGGACGGACGAGGGCACUCGCUUUGUGCUCAGGUCCAGCUUCAGCGAGGCUCCGGGCUUGCAGCGCGCGGCUACCCUGCCCGCCUGCGGCCACCCGGCUCCGGCGGCCUCGGCACGCGUGGGGCUAGAGGUGCGGGAGCCGCUCUCUGCCGGUGGGUCCCCCGCACCGCUGAACCCGGGCCGCCGGCGCUGCGGCCCCGAGGGCUCUGCGAGCCCCCGCUCCCCGCCGGGCCGCUCCGAGCAACGGUGCUCCUGGGCUCCAAACUCGGGCUGCCGGGGCAAGUGUCUUCAUGAACCCAGAGGAUGUCCGGGAAGCACUACAAGGGUCCUGAAGUCAGUUGUUGCAUCAAAUAUUUCAUAUUUGGCUUCAAUGUCAUAUUUUGGUUUUUGGGAAUAGCAUUUCUUGGAAUUGGACUGUGGGCAUGGAAUGAAAAAGGCGUUCUGUCCAACAUCUCUUCCAUCACCGACCUCGGCGGCUUUGACCCAGUUUGGCUCUUCCUUGUGGUGGGAGGAGUGAUGUUCAUUUUGGGAUUCGCAGGGUGCAUUGGAGCUCUACGGGAAAACACUUUCCUUCUCAAGUUUUUUUCUGUGUUCCUGGGAAUUAUUUUCUUCCUGGAGCUCACUGCUGGGGUCUUGGCGUUUGUUUUCAAAGACUGGAUCAAGGACCAGCUGUAUUUCUUUAUAAACAACAACAUCAGAGCGUACAGGGAUGAUAUUGACUUGCAAAACCUCAUAGACUUCACCCAGGAAUAUUGGCAGUGCUGUGGGGCUUUUGGAGCUGAUGAUUGGAACCUAAAUAUUUACUUCAAUUGCACAGAUUCCAACGCAAGUCGAGAGCGAUGUGGCGUGCCGUUCUCCUGCUGUACUAAAGAUCCUGCAGAAGAUGUAAUCAACACUCAGUGUGGCUAUGAUGCCAGGCAAAAGCCAGAAGUUGAUCAGCAGAUUGUAAUCUACACAAAAGGCUGUGUGCCCCAGUUUGAGAAGUGGCUGCAGGACAAUUUAACUAUCGUGGCUGGUAUUUUCAUAGGCAUUGCUUUGCUGCAGAUUUUUGGGAUAUGCCUGGCCCAGAAUUUGGUUAGUGACAUUGAAGCUGUCAGGGCUAGCUGGUAAAGCCCCUGCAACAGCUGCUGCAAGACACUGGACAGACCCUUGCCUUCCUGCUCCUCCAGCAUGCUGAGCUGACAUCCAAGCUGCAGGGACCCUGGUCACAGAGGCAUCCUGCCAUCCCACCUGGCUGAGCUGCAAAGAACUUGUGUUUUUUUUGUUUGUUUGUUUUUUGUUUUUGGGGGGAGGGGGGAUAAAACUGGGAAAUGCUGCUGCUCACUGACGAAUUUAAAAAGAAAAAUAACCAUUAUGAAAGUCAUUGCACCAUGAAUCUACUGUAGCCA